AAUCUCGACCGCUCGUUGUACCGCAGAAUCUCAUUCACUUUAUCUCUGCUUCUUUUUCCCUUUAAAAUAAUAUACAUAAAUUACUCCCCAGAGGUCAGUCGAGCGGGUACAAAUUGUCUUUUAUUUUUGAAACGGCGAAUCGUCGGUGAAGGUGAAAAUGUCAACCCCAGGUCAAGAGGAAGACAAGAAGCCCGGCGAUCAGUCGGUUCACAUAAAUCUCAAAGUCAAAGGCCAGGAUGGAAAUGAAGUACUUUUUAGGAUUAAGAGAAGCACACAACUAAAGAAGCUAAUGAAUGCUUACUGUGAGCGACAGUCCGUUGAUUUCAACUCCAUUGCUUUUCUGUUCGAUGGUCGUCGCCUCCGUGCGGAACAGACUCCUGAUGAGCUGGAAAUGGAGGAUGGGGAUGAGAUAGAUGCUAUGCUGCAUCAGACUGGAGGUGCUGCUGCUUAGUUAGGGUCUUUUAAGUCUUUAGAAAUGCCUUGGAGGAAGUUGUAAUACAAAAUUUCAUAAUCAUUCUAGCAACUUGCGGUUACUACGACUUAUUAUUGAACUUGUUUAAGUAUUUGGUCUGCUAUUCAAUUUCAAUUGCUUCAAUUUUAAUUU